AUGCCGCUCGCGCCCCCGCUCAACUUCCCCAAAUGGCUCGCCGAGAACGGAGGUCUGCUCAAGCCGCCGGUCAAUAACUACUGCGUGUACGCGGGAAAAGACUUCAUUGUCAUGGUAGUGGGGGGACCGAACGAGAGGAACGACUACCAUGUGAAUGAGACGGAGGAGUGGUUCUACCAGUACAAGGGCGGUAUGCUCCUGCGCGUGGUGGAUGGCGACGAAUUUAGGGACAUCAGAAUUGAGGAAGGGGAGAUGUUCCUCCUUCCAGGUCGGCCAACAACGAUUUAUGCGAGCUCCAACACUCCGCACAACCCAGUGCGCUUUGCGAACACCAUCGGCCUCGUGGUCGAGCGUGUGCGUCCCGGACCCUCCAUUGACCGCCUGCGCUGGUAUUGCAAGCAGCCGGUCCACAGCACUCCCACAAUCAUCCGCGAGGAGUCCCUCCACGUUACCGACCUCGGCACACAACUCAAGCCUAUUAUCCAGAACUGGAUAAACAACGAGGCGGUGAGGAAGUGCCCCGGAUGCGGGGCCGUUGCGGAGGCGAAGUGA